UCUGCCCUGGGGCAAGGCCAGUUCAAUCAUUAGUCUAGUAGAUUCUCUCGAAAGAGGAAUGUCUUUAGUUGUUUCUUGAAGGCUGCAAGAGAGGUGCUUAGUCUUGCUGCCUCUGGGAGACUGUUCCACCACUUGGGAACCACAACGGAGAACAAUCUUGACUGGGAGUACCUAGAGCGACUGGAUGGCAGAGCCAGACGGCUUGUGCUGGAUGAGCGCAGAUCUCUUCCAGUAACAUAAGGCGUUAUGGCCAUAAAUGUAAACAAACAAACAAACAAGCUGUUGUGUUCAAUACAAUCCACUGUAGCCUACAUGUCUUGUCAAGCAGAAAGUUAAAAUGUGAUCUCAUGAGUUCUAAGUAGUGAUUUUGGAUUUUGUCAAAUAUAAGUGUAAAACUGUAACCCUUGAGCCGUGUUGGCAACUUGAACUUGGCAGGAAUCUAUAAAUGCAACAUUGUUACAAACGUGUCAAUAGUCGUGCAGUUCUACAAAAGCCUAAUAUAUCUACUGCAAAACGUCUUGAGGUCUGAUCAAACUUCGCAAGACUGGAAGCAAGGAAAAUAAAAUUAUUCCAAAGAUGUACGACCAGGAGGCGAGCUUCAACGCUCUCCCGUCAGGAUCCUCCAGGAUGUACGUCAUAGCAUACUGUGGUGUGUGUCGGGUCGGGUUCUGUUUAGGCUCAGCACAAAGGCUGUCAUCGUCUGCUGUCACUUCUGCAGCAGCCUUGUCCUUGUCCUUUGUCGAGACAUCGGAACUGCUCGAUAAUGAGUUUGCCACCAGCUGCUCCCCCGAGUUAUGCAGAGGCCACUGCAGGAGAUAAGGAGUCCGGGAUCUCCUGUCCUCGUUAUGGAGCAGGUCCGCCGCCAGUGAUGCCUCCCCCGCCUGCCAUGCACGCAGGCUGGAGUUACGUGCACACCGGACCUAGCCCCGGUUACAGCAACCCCUACGCGUCAGACAUGUCAUCCCCCUUCUCAGACCCUAGCACCAGUGGUAGCUUUGAUGGACUUGGUGGAAACAGCUGGGAGGAUAAAAAUGUCCGCCGCAUGUUCAUCAGAAAGGUGUUCAGUAUCCUCAUGGUGCAGCUUUUGGUGACAUUUGCUGUUGUGGCCCUCUUCACAUUCUGCGAACCGGUUCGGGAGUUUGUGCGGUACAAUCGGGUUGUUUACCUGGCGUCAUACAUGAUGUUCAUGGGGACUUACUUGGUGCUGGUAUGCAGCACAAGUGCCCGACGUCAGUAUCCCACCAAUCUCAUCCUGCUGUCCAUCUUUACUCUUGCAAUGUCCUACAUGGCAGGGAUGUUGGCCAGUUACCAUAACACCAAGGUGGUAAUGCUGUGUGUGGGCAUCACGGCUGUGGUCUGUCUAGGCGUCACUCUCUUCUGUUUCCAGACAAAGUACGACUUCACCUCCUGUCACGGCCUGCUGUUCUCCCUCAUGCUGGUGCUGAUGAUCACAGGCCUGGUGCUCCUCUUCACUGCCCCCUUUGGAUACAUACCCUGGUUGCAGACCGCGUAUGCAGGACUGGGGGCAUUUGUCUUCACUCUGUUUCUGGCGUUUGACGUGCAGCUGCUGAUGGGGAACCGGCGCCACUCCCUGAGCCCGGAGGAGCACGUGUUUGGCGCCCUCUGCCUCUACAUGGACAUCGUCUACAUCUUCUUCUUUUUGCUGCAGCUCUUUGGGAGCCGUGAGUGAGCCCCACAGCCUGACGCUCACCGCUAGUCUUCAGUCAGCACUGACACGUCUUUUGACCCCCCUCCAUCUUCAACACAAAGACACACACACACACACAUACACACACGCGCACACAUAUUUACACACACAUUCAAUUUUUGGCAGCCUGAGAAGUGCAGGAGGUCUUCAACCUCUUGAACCGUUUUAUGAUGUGUGGUGUGCUGGACUUAAGACUAAUUAAUAGCUGUGUUAUCUCUUCCAGUAUGUACGAGUGUUGUCGUUCCCGUGUCAGCAAGGUCAUGUUUGAAAGGCAGGCAACGUUUGAAAGGCAGGCAACCUUUAUUGAGAAGGGGUGCACUGUGCAUCUGGGCUUUAAAACAAACAUGCAUACGACUGUGUGCACACUUUCACAUUCAGACUUGCCCAGUCACACUUGCACCCCAAACAAACUCUGGAUCUCUGCUGUAUUAAGACAAUCAUGGAGGGUUUGAAGGUCAAGGGGAGGAUAUGUUAUAUAUAUAUUUUUAAAAAGGAGUGAACGGCUUAGUUCUAAAUUAAUCAUGUACUUGGCAUAGAGAUCAUCAGUAGGUGUGGUAGAGUAUUUGGUGCUGUCACCACCCCUUACCUGGUAUGCUAUUGCUCGUCAUGGUUUGGAUGCCAGAAGUUACAUACUUACGGCAGAUGACAUCAGUAGGUUGAUGAACAAACCCAACUUUUGUUGCAAGUCAGAGUGCUAUCAUUCCUUGUUUGAGCCUAGAUUGUUGUUGUGUGUCCUGUCUAGGCGUUGAUCUCAGACAGAGACUGGAAAGACUUUCCAGCAAGUCGGGUUAAAUUCUUGAUAUGUGAAGGGAUUGAUGCGCAAUGCUGCUGUAUGAAGAGUAGUCUGGAACUAUGGAGCCAUCUAGACAGCAUAAGUACCCUCCCCUCUUAAUUUCUCCACUCACUUUUAUCCUCAGUGUGAGCCCAGUUUUGGAUGUGACUGAUGCAAGCGUCAGCCUGAAGGGGGCAAUAUCUCGCUUACUAUAGAUGACGUUCAUUAACACUGUCCAAGCUCAAGCCAGUUUUGCAGACAUCCAGAGUCCUUUUGAAGAUGCACUUUUGAGCUCCUUUAUAUACAGUACAAAAACACCAUCAAUGACUUCAUACUGUAGCCCUCAGGUCCAUUUGUUUCAACUGUAAAGUAGGUGAUACUAUAAGGGAACACAUGAAACGAAUAAGAUGCAAAACCUCUAUUGGCAGAAAGUUGGAGGUGGCGAGAUUUAGAAUCCCUCUCACUUGACUUGCAGAUGGCUUCAAUAGAGCCCUCCCCACAAGUGUUAAAAACAACACAAGGUUAUGGGACACAGUAGUUAAAAAGGUGCUAUCAGACAUGAUUGGAUAUUGCAUUUCACAAUGUUUUAAGUUAUGUAUGAGUUUUUCAGCAGACAUUGUCCACCGUUUCAUGUUUGAAGAAGGAGAUUGCUCACUCGUAACUUUAUUGGUCUCAUCUCUUAGGGGGAAAAAAAAUAAUUUUAAGGUAUCAGAUUACAAUUCAAACUAAGAAUUAUUUGUUUGUCGAUGCCUGUAAGAUGGAGUUUUGAAAAGUGUUGUCUGUAGAGCAAUAACACGUCCUAGCCUUGCCUUGCAUGCAAACUUAAUCGUUAAGUAUUAGACGGAGCCCAUUAUUUCAGGCCCGUAGACACUACUCUUGACGUCACAUAGAGCAUGGCUGGGUAAAUGCCCCUAAGUGUGUGAGGAUGUUGGGUGUCUAUGCGCCGCCGACCAGAGGGGAGAGUUUUAUGGUAGUAUUGUAUAGUGCCUAACUGUGAAUGUUUUGGCAUUAACCAGGAAAUUCCCUUUUUUCCCUUUUUUGUCUUUUUUUUUUACAUGACCUCCAUUAUUCUUGAAGGUCUUUAAGGUUCAGUAGAGUAAUUUGAGUUAUUCCAAAGCACUUGGUGCGGUUUAUUCUAAAUAACCUUUUAAUGUAGUCAUUCCAUCUCUGGAUUGCAGAAGUUGUUGGAUUGUUUUAAUGUGUUAAUGUGUAUUUUAUCAGUCAGUGGCAGAAAUUACACAAAAUGAAUACUUUUAAGGGCUAUUUCUCUUAUUUGCCCUUUGCCACUGUGUCUGAUGUCUGAUGCAGACAUCCAGUGACUUGCUGUAUUAUUUCCUGCCAAGGAUGGCGGUCCUGUUCAACUUUUUGACCAUUGUUACUGACUGAGUAUGUUAAAUUAAACAGUGACACUGUGCUGCAGAUAUUUAUCCGGACAAUCAUCUAAUAAGGACACCGGGAAAGUCGUGCGAUUGCCAGAAACAUCCCUCAAAAGGUUUCUUCAUGUAUCACCUCUGUAUGAUAAAUGUUGAUUUUGAAUAGCGGCUUAUACAUUAACUGCUAAUAGCAGCAUCAACAGUUGACAUGGAUAUUCCUAGUUCUUUUCGCAUUUACAGACAUGCUAUAUAUGUUAAUUCUUUGUCAUUUCUUUAUGGGAUGUUGGAUCAUGUAGCAGUAAGAUUGAAAUCUUUGUAUCUGUGACCUGCUGGAUUUAUAUGCUACUCAUAGAAAAAAACAAAUGAUUGGCAGAAAGCGAUACUGUCUGAAUGGGGUAUUGUAUUUCCUUGAGUUUCUAUUAUGCAUAUAAACACGGGUCUAAUUUGUAUUACUCUCAAUGAUGUGUUUAAAAUUAUGGGCAGGUGUAAAAUAAUCUUUUGAGACUUAAAAUUCCAUUCCAGAUGUGGACUAAGAGUAAUAUUUUGUUAUAAACGUGUGCUCUUAAUGAAAUGUAUUUUGGCUGUUGUGCAGGUCUCCCUGUAUAAAUGUGCAUUAUGUGGGGGUUGAACACAUAAAUUGUAUUUCUUUCUUAGUCUCUGCACUAAGUCAACCAAACCACCAGUUUGUAGUAGGCUACCAAAGACUAGUGCAUGAAGAAGUGUGUUUAUCUAGUGUACCCUAAACCAAGAUGAUCCGUUACACCAGGGGUGGGGAACCUCUGUCUUGAGGGCCGUUUGCGGCCCUUGAGGUCGUUUUAUCCGGCCCCCGAUAUGAUUUUUAUGUCAUGCAGAAUCACAUGAAAGAUGACAUAUUUUGUAAAGGAAUAUUAGAAAUUACAUUUGCAAUACAAUUAAGUUAUAUUCAACGGUCCUAGAGAAGGUGGGGACUGUUUUAAAGUUAGCUGCCUUCAAUAUAGGCCUAAAGUGCAGGGGGAAAUCCUGGUUUGUUUUCAUAAUACGGCCCUCUGAGGACUUUUACGGCCCUCGGAUGAAUUCUAAAUGGCCCCUCGAAUGAAAAAGGUUCCCCACCCCUGCGUUACACAGUGGAAGCAGUCUGAUGAAUUUCACUUGGUCCAGAAGCAAGUAAUGCAGAGGACAUGAGGAACUAUUUUUGUAAGGGCCUGUUUCUACCCGUUGGUCCUGUGGCGAAAUAAAAGAAUGCUUCACAAUCAA